ACAUAUGCAGUGGCUACCAAAUACCCGCCCUGUUGUAUAUUGGUUAUUAAAUAGCAGUGGGAAUCUUGCGCUUGUCUGGACUAUAUUCUGUUUGGGUCAAGGUCUCUUUCUGGCUUGCUUGAUAUUCACUUUGAAAUGUUUGAUUAAAACCUUUUUGAAGGAAGGUGGAGAAAAAACCUCUCAAGGCUCUGCAAGCCCUGCCAAAGCGUACACUACCGACGUGGUGGUUAGGACAGAACCUUUGAGUACUACAGCUGAAAUUGGCACUAGUUCUGGAGUGAAGAAAGAAAAGCGAGGCAAGCAUGGAAAGCAUCAGUAGCUGACUGCUUCAGAAGAUACAAGAGCCAAUCUAACACCAUUCAAGAUCCUGCCUUUUGUCUGGCUUCUCCAGCAGAGCUUACAUACACUGCUAGCCCCCAGGUAAGUCCUGAAGUGAGCAAGGAUGAGGUAUUGUUCCCUAAAAAUUGGGGGGAACCAUCAUCUUUUUCAGUGCCCAACUCCCAUGGAAGCUGGUUUGGGAAGUAAAUGCCUACAUGUCUUUGUGAAGGAGUCCCUGAGUCCCACAGGAAAAAGAUGAAGGCAGAUGCCUCGGAGGCACAGAGAAAGGUUUGAUUUGUAGAUUCUGGGAAUCAGAUGUCCUGCAGGUAUUGAUACUCCAUUAAUGUACUUAGUAUUUGACUGUUAAUAAGGAACAUCAUGAAAGAUAACUAGCAACAACAGUGCCUGCCCUGAGGUAGCACCCAGUGCCUACCCAACUGCUGCCUUUUCCCAGUUGCUGUAGAGGUAAUAAAUCAAUUAAGGGAUAUCAAAGCUCAGUUUCCAGGAGGAAAUAAUGAUUUUACUCAAAAGUGGAGUGUGCCUUCCUUAAUAAGGGACACUUAGCAGCAUGGGAUCUCAUCUCUAUACUCCAUCAAUCCUUUCCAUGUGCUGAUGUACCUUUUUUUCUAAAAGCCACCAACCCUCACUGGAUCGAUGAGGCCCAAUCAAUUAUUUUUCCCUCUGAAUUAUCUAUAUAUGGUUGUUAGCUGAGCUGCUGGCAGAAAACGAGAGACAACUUUCUGUCUGUUUACUGUAAAGAAAGCAAAGCAAACUACAGGAGGGGACAGGCUGCAGUAUAUUUACUGUCAAUACAGCCAGAGAGAGAGAGAGGAGAUAUGAGGAGAGGGGAGCAGAGGCUGCAACCAAAUGAAUGAUCUGCAUGUAAAAAUACCCAUGCAGUUUGAGACAGAAAGUGGGUGGACUGAAGUCAAGAAGGGAUAGCUGAGAGUGUUUAACAAAUGGUUCAGUGAAGGGCUAGUGAGGCAGGGAAGUACUUGUGGCAUAAUAAUGCUGUGCACGAGCAUACUGAAUCUGCAGUGCAAUCUAAAAGGCACUUCCACAUCUGCCCUGAAACAGAACAGCAGCUGGGAUAUUUUUGUGUGUGCCUGCAUGCAAGACACACCAUUUAAAAGUAAAGUAAUAAGAUGAAUAAUAAUGAUUGAAGUUAGAAAAUAAUAAUUGGAGCUAGUUUUCUGAAGCAGCUGGAUGUCACCUUUGUAACUCAGGGAGGAAAACAAUUUUUAAAAAUAGGUGUACCUCCUUGCUUCUUCCUCCUCUUCUUCAUCCACAGAGGAAUUAGGUAAUUUGAGCUUCACAGGGCAGGAAGGCUCUGAGCAGCUCGCUCUGAGUGUCCCUCAGCUUCCAGAGGCAGGUGAACGAGUGAAGAGUGAAUUCACACUUUAGACAGCAGUGAAGACCAUCUUGCCAUGAAACCGUUCACAGAUGAAGAUGUAGAAAUCUACAUCCAGAGCAAGGUGGAACAGCGACAUUACCUGGUUUCCAAAGCAGUGGAGGAGGUGCAGAAAAUCAUCCAGCAACUGACCGCAGAAAUCAGCUAUAAGGCCACGCGAUUCCAGGCUAUCUCUAACUCUGGGAUUCACAAUGAGAAUAUUAAGGAUCAGCCAGCUUUACUGGCCAAGUGGUCAGCUAUGCUUCGGGGGAAGCGCCCAUUCCACCCAUCCAUCCAGGUCUUAGCACCCAGCCAAUUCCUCAUCACAGUCCCUCUGCGUGGCCUGACCGGGUACAGGGAAUGCCAGGUGCGGCACUGGCGUUAUUACACCAUGCAUGGAGCCAAGCUCCUCUCCUCCGUGCGGGACCCUGAGGAAUUGCAUCAAUGGCUGGAGGUGGAGCAGUUCUCAAAAAGCCUUCAGCAGUGGCAUGAAACGGAUGUCAACAUUGAAGGUGAUCUGGUUCCGGCCAAAGUCCUUAUCGUCUUCCGGGAGCUGGUGGAGAAGUCGAUUAUCUCCUGUAACCUCUCCAGUAAAGUGACAGUGCUGGAGAGCUUCAGCUCAGUGGUCCGGGUGGCCGUGGAGACGUCAGAAUCCCAGGUCGAGGUGGAGCUGGUCCCUGCUGUGGAGAUUCCAACCUGCUGGCCUGAGAAAGCCCGGUGGCCUCGUUGCCUUAAGCGUUGGCCUUCCCAGGAAAAAGUGCAGUGCAUCAAGUCACUUGGUUUUGACCUUUUGGCCCGCUCCAAUUAUCACUGGCAGCUCUGCUUCUCCCGUGCUGAGCACAUACUCAUGGAAGGACUUGAUGAAGAUGGUGGUUGUCGCAUGAAGUGCUUCAGGGUCAUGAGGCAGAUGAAGGAAGAUGUCUGGUGUACUGGAAAUAAGCCUGUCAUCACAGCUUAUCACCUUCAGACAGUGCUAUUCUGGACGUGUGAAAAAUACCCACGCACCAAGGAUUGGCGCUGCUUCCCUGAAGCCUUUCUAAGGCUGGUGCAGAAGCUGCACAAGUGCGUAAGCCAGCACUUCCUCAAGCAUUACUUUGUCAAGAACACCAAUCUGCUCAAAUAUGCCAACACCAGUGACCUGGACUUGGUGGCCAGCAAGCUCGCAGUCUUCUUGGAGAACCCCGUCUUCUGCCUGGACUGAGGCAGGAAAAGGCCUCCUCACCCCAACCCUGAUCCCCUGACUCCUCUCCCCACCUGUGGUUGUUCUUCGUGUCCUUCCAGUAGAUGUUGCAGCUGGCUUUGUAAGACACUUGGCGCAUGCAGCGCGAAAGAGAAGCGUCAAGCUGGCAGCAGUGGGCGGUGAAAACUGAUGGCAGGUAUCGCUUGAUGCCCAGCUGAUCUAAUUUGCUUUCAGCAGUGACAGCCUGCCUGGAAGCUACAGCCGGUGAAACCCAACUUUCCGUGUCAGUCGGAACAGGCAACUGCCUUGUUCUCUGUCUCUAGUCUUGUGGCACCUAAGCAGAAAGACGGUGCAGCGAAGUCUCGCCCUGCUGCCUAUCUGCUGUGUAACCUAGCACACGUAUUGUUGCUGCCUCUCCUUUUCUCACAAGGACAGCGGGGUUAAUUCCCUAUUUACCUCACAGGCCAGCUCUGCAGAAGAGCGGAGGAACAUUUCUGAAGUGUACUGAAGCUGGAAGCUUUCUCAGAGGCACUUUGAUGCCUCCAUCUCCAAUUAAAUGGGAUCCUGCCCCAGUACAAAGAUAACUAUGCUGCUAGCGUUGAAUAGCUCCAGGGAAGCAAGAGGAGGAACAGUGGUUUUUGCCUCCUCCUCCUUUUUCUCUCCUCCAUUUCCAUUUUUCUUCCAGUUGCUUCAAAUGUGUUUUCUUCAUGUUCGCCUUUGCCAGUUGUGUUAGUGCCAUACAACCAGGGGGCUUUGCCAGAGCAGAUUUCACUCCCACCCCUGGCUCCAUCCAGCAGGCUGGAGGAGGAGCAGGUCUUUCCUUAGUUGUUAGCACCCGUGUAUUUUUGGGUGGUGUACAGAAGGAGAAUAUUCUUCAAAGGCUGUUAGCUCCAAAACCCUCAGUGCUUUUAAUAUUAUGGAUGUUUAAAAAGAAAAUCACUUUUAGUGUUUCAAAAGAACAGAGUUCAAGAAUGAG